CUGCUCAGCGUACCGUCUAAUGGUGACCCCCGCCUUCCACCACUUCCACAAACUGCGUCUGUCAGUUUGAGACCUCCAUGCAGGCUGACAAUUCAGUAAAAGGUUACACCAGGUCACUUUGGCAAAUGACUGGCUAUAUGAAAAUGCGACUUGCUUCAAAUAAACACUGUAAACACAACCCUUCUGUAUGGUAUAGGGGUGCAUGUUUGCAUGUGAUAUUGCAGUGGAUUAUUUUUGUCUCAUGUUUAACCUAUGAAGGGGCUCCUGUGGGCAUUUUUUUGCAGUUUUUGGAUUGCAUGUGGGUGGUAAUAUGUCAGUUUGGUGGUGCUGGACUCUGCAUGCGUGUGUGCUUGCGUGUUGGGGUUCGUGUUGAGUGAUCUGACAGCUAGAGAUUCUCUUUGUGUUCAGACAUGCAGGGACAUGGUACAUGGUGGAGGUCUAUGUUACCCCGUCUGCACGCAGAUACACAGACUUGGUCUAUGUCUGAGCAGGUUUAGAAAAGUUCUUGUCAGACAAAGUUAGGGAUUCGAGUCGCGGCCAAAAAGAAACAGCAAACAAAGCAGGGAAGGAAAUGAGACAAUCAGGCAAUUAAAUGAGUGAAAUUAAACAUAAGAGGAAAAAACAUAACUGGCUUUGCACUGUACUCCUGACAGGCAGAUGCCAGACUCUUUUCUGGAAAGUUUUUCGGUGUGACUGUCCGUGCGCCAUGAUGAUGCAGCACCUUAGCGUGUUAGUGAUUGUCAGGCACACGUGUGCAGCACCUGUAUCACAGACAGCCAGUCCAACAGAAAGAACAGACGUAAGCCAGCUCACACGGGAAGGACUAGCAACACAUAAUCGGGCAAAGUCUCCUUCUUUUUGAUACAAACUUUCAAAGAAAAACGACAGAAUCCUUUGGAUGCAACGUCAGACAGUAACUGGAUUCUGCAGAAAAAAAAAUAAUACUUGUGAUGAAAAUAAAUUUACCUCAGAUUACAGUGGCACGAGACUCAGAGAGAGGAGGUGUAUUCUGGGUAAAACUUGCCAAACUGUCUUUUUCUUGUUUGUCCUGGGAGAAUAAAGUGACUAUGCGUGUGUUCUGAGGAGACACACUUUUCAUUACCUUGUAUUCGCCGAGGUUUAGUCUGGUCUCUGCCAGAAAAAGUCCUCCGUGACUCCAUGAACUCCCGGGUACGCUCCACCUGCCAGCGUCCCGAGCAGCCAGCCCGUCUCCCUCUCUCUCUCUUUCUCUCCCUUCCUCUGUCUGUCUUUUACUCUCUCUCUUUCUUUUCCUUGCUCUCUCCCUAUUCCUUCUUUCUUUUUUUUUUUCUCCCAGGCAGGAAUCUGCAUGGUCUUCUGGCUCCACAGCCUCCAUCUCUGAGAAGUUUGUAAACUCCGGCGCCGGGGAGGAGGUCCAGGACGGCAGUGGUGGGAUACGGAUUUUGAGUGGCUUCUUCAGGAAUUGGGAACCCCCCCUCCCUCCCCAGCUCCCGCCCUCGCCCACACACAUCCGCCCGCCCCCUGACCACCACCCCCCCUGGUGGUGAUGACCCCCUUGGGAGAGAAGGGGAGCCCCUGUGCAUUCCUCGCCUUCUCCCUGCUGGUCCUGCUGGUCCUGCUGGUUGUGGAUGGAGCUCACGGCCGGCCCUUUGAGGAUGAGGAUUACUACAUGCAGGAGCUGCUUUCACGGGAGCACUACUACCAUGCUCCUGAGGAGCCCGUGUCCCCCCCAGAGGCCUCAGACUGGGGGGCUGAUGACCGCGUGAACCUCAGAGCGGCCAAGAAGGAGCCAAAGAUCAGGGAGAAGGAGAACCGGCCUGACAAAGCGGCAGCAGGAAAGAACGGAAACAAUAAGGUGGAGAAAAACAAAAAGGGUGGGAUGAAAAACAGCAUCAAUGAAGGAGAGAGCCAUUUCAAGCCUGUCAAGGAGGAAUGUCCCCCCAUGGGACUGGAGACCCUGAAAAUAGAUGACUUUCAGCUUCACGCCUCCACGAUGAGGCGCUACAGCUUGGGCCCGCAUCGAGGACGCCUCAACAUCCAGGCCGGGAUAUAUGAAGAUGAGUUCUACGAAGGCGGCUGGUGUGCAGGCAGGAACGACCCAAUGCAGUGGUUCGAGGUGGACGCCAGGAGGCUCACUAAGUUCACAGGUGUCAUCACGCAGGGCAGGAGUUCCCUCUGGUCAAGUGACUGGGUGACAUCGUACCGAGUGCUGGUCAGCAAUGACAGCCACACGUGGGUCACCCUGAAGAACGGAUCCCAGGACUUGAUCUUCACAGGGAACAGGGAGAAGGAGAUCCCGGUGCUGAGCGAGUUCCCGGCGCCGGUGAUGGCGCGCUAUAUACGCGUGAACCCGCGCUCGUGGUUCAGCGGCGGCAGCGUCUGCAUGCGGGUGGAGAUCCUGGGGUGUCCCAUGCCAGACCCCAAUAAUUAUUACCGCAGGAGAAAUGAAAUAACAACCACAGAUAAUCUGGACUUCAAACACCACAGCUACAAAGAGAUGCGACAGCUGAUGAAGAUCGUCAAUGAAAUGUGCCCCAACAUCACAAGGAUCUACAACAUUGGCAAGAGCUUCGAUGGCCUUAAACUUUACGCCAUCGAGAUAUCUGACAACCCAGGGGAGCACGAGCUGGGUGAGCCGGAAUUCCGCUACACCGCUGGUUCCCAUGGCAACGAGGUGCUAGGUCGGGAGCUGCUGCUGCUACUGAUGCAGUUCAUGUGCCAGGAGUAUCUGGCGGGAAACCCACGCAUACGCCACCUAGUGGAGGAGACGCGCAUCCACCUGCUCCCCUCCGUCAACCCCGACGGCUACGAGAAGGCCUUCGAAGUGGGCUCAGAGCUGGGUGGCUGGUCUCUGGGCCGCUGGAGUGAGGACGGCCUGGACAUCCACCACAACUUUCCGGACCUGAACUCCAUCCUCUGGGAGGCCGAGGCGAGGAAGCUGACCUCGCGGAGAGUCCUCAACCAUCACAUCCCCAUCCCAGACUGGUACCUGGCAAAGAACGCCACGGUUGCCGUGGAGACGCGGGCCCUGAUCGCCUGGAUGGAGAAGAUCCCCUUCGUGCUCGGGGGCAACCUGCAGGGCGGCGAGCUGGUGGUGUCCUACCCCUACGACCGGACACGCUUCCGCAGCAAGACGCGGGAGGCCACGCCCACCCCGGACGACCUCGUUUUCCGCUGGCUGGCCUUCUCCUACGCCUCCACUCACCGCCUGAUGACGGACGCCAGCCGGCGAGUUUGCCACACGGUGGAUUUCGCCAAGGAGGAUGGGACUGUCAACGGGGCCUCCUGGCACACGGCUGCAGGGAGUAUGAACGAUUUCAGCUACUUGCACACCAACUGCUUCGAGAUGUCCAUGUUCGUGGGCUGCGACAAAUUCCCCCACAAGAGCGAGCUCCCGGACGAGUGGGAGAACAACCGCGAAUCCUUGCUCGUCUUCAUGGAGCAGGUGCAUCGUGGGAUUAAAGGCGUGGUGAGGGACACACAAGGACGGGGGGUCGCCAACGCCAUCGUCUCCGUGGAGGGAAUCAACCACGACGUCCGCACAGUGGCCGACGGAGACUACUGGCGUUUGCUGAACCCCGGGGAGUACAAGGUGAUCGUCAGGGCCGACGGCUACACCUCCACCAGCAAAGUGUGCGAGGUCGGCUACGAAAUCGGGGCCACGCGGUGCGACUUCGUCAUCACCCGCACCAACCUGUCACGCAUCAAGGAGAUCAUGGAUAAGUUUAGCAAGCAGCAUGGUGACAGCCCCCUUCCUGUCAGGCGGCCGCCGCAGCCCCGCCCACAACGACGACGCGGGGCAUAGGCAUGGGGACAUGCCGCGUUUACUGGGACAGACUGGACCCAUCAUCGUAAAGGACAGGGAAGCUGACACCAAACUUCCCACCCGCCCCGACUGGGUUUCUCAAUGAUUUUAUGCAAAUUAUGGUGAGACCUGUGGAAAAAAACGGAAGCGGUGAAAAAAUACGGAAAUCCGCAUGUAAGAGCUGUGUCUUUCGAAAAGAUGAAAUGCAUCUUUAAAAAGAGACAGUUUCUAUCCUUUUCUUUAACUCUAAAAUACACACUCGUAUAACAUUGCUUGUUACAGUAGCAGAAUGACAGUUAUGGUGAAUGCUAGUCCAUGUUUUGUGGUUCCUUGCCCAUCCUUCCAGAAAAGUCAUCACGCCUUUAAUCUGACGGAUACAUUGUCUCACACAAAGCUUACUCCAAGCAUUUACAGAACUUAUUAAUUAUAAUAAGGUGAUGUACUGGAUUGAAUGCUUGAAGAAGAGUGAGACAGUGGCUGAUGCUCCUUACUCACACACUGAUUCUGACCCUAGUUUGGCAUUUGCUUAAAUGCAUGCCCUGUUGUCAUCGUGAAAAUUAGUUCAUAUACAGCCAUUGCACUGAGGUGACAUCAGUUCAAAGGGUGAACAGAAAAACUGCAAUCUGCAGUGUCCGGUUUCCUUGUGAUUAUCUCGUAUGUUUCAUGUAACAUCUUGUGAGUUAUAGCAAGGUGACAACCAGCAUAUAUCAUUUAUUACAAAAAAAUUAGCCCCUCCCAAUCCCGUUCCCUGUGAUUAUUUAUCAGAAUUACGAUACUUACAGAGACCAGAGACGUAUCUUUAAGUCUAAAUUAAGAUUUCAGACAUGUUGUACUUCUGUACGAAGGCGUUUCUUUGUACUGGAAUGUUCUUCUCAUUUGAGGGUUAAUUGUUCUCAUUUGUGUCAGUUUAUUACGUAUGUUGUUCAAACUUAAUUUAUAUUCACAGUAUAAAUAGUAUGACGUAUUCAUUAUGUAAAAUAUGUAUUGUCUAUAACAUUACUGUUUUCAAAUCCGAGUAUAAAUUAGCAGCAGCUAGUCUUACUGUAGCUAGGCUGGUUGUAUUGUAAUAGCUGUCUGGAGUUAGUGUCCUUAGCUUCAGGACUCUAACGGGCGAUUCGUCUUGAGUCCUAGAAUAUCCUCGACUGUAUCUCCAAGAUACAGAAAACCUUUAACAGGAAAUUCAAGAAAAAUGCCGAAAAUUAAUGUUUGUGUAGAAAAAAUAUAUAUAAAAAGGGGAAAAAAUUGGGAAAUGCAUUCAGCUGUGGCAUUGGUUCUCCGAUAUGUGUCAUUUUUCAGAGGGGGAAUCAUUUAUUCUGAAGUUGGUCUUAGAUAUAAGCGACAGAAAGGCUUGAUGAAUGAUCGUCUUAUUGUCAUACUGAACAGUACUAUUCAAUUCUACGUGUUAUAUGCAAUAAACAUUUUAUACACAUCAACAAUA